AUGGCCGUAAACUCGCGAUCUAGAAGUCGAUCAAAGUAUGCCAGCAAGAAGAGCCAUAAAUACGUACAAUCAAGGCUACAAAUAGGGCCUUCAGAACCAGCGUUGGUGAAAUGUACUCAAUGUGAGAUGACUUAUUCUCCCUCGGCUUUGGAUGAUGAUGCUGCACAUAGGCUCUAUCACGAUAUGCAUCUUAGAGGUCGGAAAUGGUCUGUGAAUUGGGGGGUCGAAGUACCCAGGACAGUAGAUUCAAACGAUGUGAUGCCUACACCACCCUCGUCAUCAAAAAACGGUGCUCUAAGCUCUAGACCGGAACGAAUAGUUAUGAUUCGACCAGAAUGUGUCCCUGAAGUCAAGGCAACUAUUGAAAUAAUGGACAGGGUGAACGACGAGCUGAACGCACCACACGAUGAGAAUGAUUUCUGGAGUACAGCUGAGGGAAAGGGCAAGGCAUUUCUGUACAUUAAGAAUGAACGGGCAGUGGGAGUGGCUACAAUGGAAAUCCUUAAGCCCGAUAGAGGCAGAUGGAUGGUGUACGAUACAAAAAGUAUUAUAGAACAUAUCAGGCCUGCAUUUGUUGUGGGAAUAUCGAGGAUAUGGGUCUGCAGAACAGAAAGACAUGGGAAGAUAGCCACUAAAAUACUAGAUGCAGCAAGGGAAAACACGAUAUAUGGUAGGUGUAUUGAUAAAUGGGAAGUUGCUUGGAGCCAACCUACGGAUAGUGGUGGUAAACUGGCAUCUAAAUACAAUGGAGUACGACAUAAAUCAGGCAAAUUACUCAUUCCUUGUUAUAUCUGA